CCCACCUCCAGGAGACGAUGCUGAAGCAGCGUCACUGCAUUUGUAUCGUAUCAAAACCCACCGAGAUUCCUCCUCUCCACCGCAACUGAACACACAAAUGGGCGCUCGCUCUUAGGCUAAAGCAUGUCCCGCGAGGACUGACCCAGAAGUGCCCUUGCUCUCUUUUUUAUUUUCUAACGUUGGAGGAUGGGGUACGCGGACCCCACGGCCAGCAGGGAUUUGCUGGGAAACAGAUCUCUGUGUUUUAUCUUCAUAUGCGCGUUCGGACUGGUCACGCUGCUGCAGCAGAUCCUCUACGGCAAGAACUACAUCAAAAGUGGGCAACAGUUUACCCGCCUCAAAGGAGAGGAGGUGGGCAACUGGAGCGGCCUCGUUAGUUACCCCGAUGAUGGAGGGAUGAAGCCAGCCAGAAAUGGGAGGAAAAGAUGCGUCCGUCAGAAUUUUCAGCACUCAGAGAUCUCCGUAGUUAUCGCACCCUGCCUAGCCGAUAUUAAGAAGAAAAAAAAAGAAAAGAGAAGGUAUCUGGACGGUUCUGAUGGACGCCUACAGUACAACUCCACCACCUGCAGAGAACUGCGGCAAGAAAUCACCGACGUCAAAGUACUGUCCAUGGUGAAGACCUCAGACUUGUUUGAAAGAUGGAGAAAUCUGCAAGCUUGUUCAUGGGAGCAGUACAAGGAGGAGACUGCCAACUUCAAGAUGUCUCUGUCUCGGUGUUGCAACGCUCCCUCCUUCCUGUUCACUACGCGGAGAAACACACCUUCUGGCACCAAACUGCGCUACGAGGUCGACACCAGCGGCAUUUUACACAUCAGCCCUGAGAUAUUCAAAAUGUUCCCUGAAGACAUGCCGUAUUCUAAAUCCCAGUUUAAGAAAUGCGCUGUGAUCGGGAACGGAGGGAUCAUUAAGAACAGCAAAUGUGGGAAAGAGAUUGACUCGGCUGACUUUGUCUUUCGAUGCAAUAUUCCUCCUAUCUCUAAUAAGUAUGCAGCUGAUGUGGGAACCAGGACUGACCUGGUUACCAUUAACCCAAGCAUUAUCACAGAGAGGUUCCAGAAGCUGGAGAAGUGGCGUAAGCCGUUCUACGACGUUCUCCAGAGCUAUGAGAACUCGUCCAUCGUCCUGCCAGCAUUCUACAACACACGCAACACAGACGUGUCCUUCCGGGUGAAGUACAUGCUGGACGACUUUGAGUCGCCCCGUGGCGUGUUCUUCUUCCACCCGCAGUACCUGCUGAACGUGCAGCGUUUCUGGGCCGUGCAGGGCGUGCGGGCCAAGCGGCUGAGCAGUGGCCUCAUGCUGGUCACGGCCGCCAUGGAGCUGUGCGAGGAGGUGCACCUGUAUGGCUUCUGGGCAUUCCCCAUGAACCCCGCCGGCAUCUUCAUCACCCACCACUACUACGACAACGUCAAGCCCCGCCCAGGCUUCCACGCCAUGCCACACGAGAUCUUCAACUUCCUGCACAUGCACGCCCGCGGAAUUGUGCACGUGCACACAGGCGUGUGCAGGUGAUCUCGGCCCUCGUGGCGCUAGCGCAGUUGCCGCGGACACCGCCUCUGACCCUGUUCCUAGUGGGUCAGGCUUUGUGCAUGUCUUCAGAGGAGCUUCCGGUCUUGAGUCGUGUGAGCCGGAGUAUGUGUGUCUGUGAGUGUGAAAGAGAGAAAGUGUGUGUGUGAGUGUGUAUGCUAAAGACAAUAUCGCUGCCUUAAAGGCCAACCAUUUUAUUUCACGCUGUGUUUUUGAUAUUGUGCGAUUUUGUCAGUGGCGUUGCUACAUGGUGCUUGUUUUUCGUGUGAGGUGAAUUUUCCGUGGCGUCGUUUUUGUGAAACAGUGGCUUCACAGUUCACUCCGUGAAAGGGCCAACAAAAACCUUCUUAAGCCUACAGAACUAUCUUAUAGACACUGUAUAAGUACUUAUCAUUAAACUUUAAAUUACAUAUACAUAAACUAACUACACAUAUGAUCCGUCGGAAGUGAUAAGAUAAGAUUCUUUCAGGAUAAUUGCAGUCGAUAGAUACGUUUAUACUUGUGAAUAAAAGUGUCACGAUCACUACUAUAUUAUUUCCUCACAACUGCCAGCAAAUGCUUGAGCGGUUGUGUCCGAGGAAACAGCACGAGAAUGGAAUCUUUCUCACUUUAUAGUUGUUGGCGUAAAUAGUUUAUAAAUAUUUAUAAGCAUUUUAUAAUUAUUAGUAUGCACAGUUUGUGAAGCCUUUAUGAAGGCCCUUUCACAAUUCAGCCUGGAGGAUUUUAGCGUACGAGACUGUUUUACCCUCUCGGACCACCACAGGCCUCGUCCUGUAUUGCUCACACGUCGGUGAGCUGAGUUUUAAUCCUUCAGAAGCAGCUUGAUGAGAUUUUAAGCUUUAUAUACACAGAUCAAGUUUCUGUUUUGUUUUUUUUUUCACCUGUCUUCUUUUCAAAGUCGCUUGUAUAUGAUAAUAAUGGGCCCCUGAGACUUCAGAAGAUUAAAGAAGUGAUUCUUCUUAGGUUUUCAUGACAGUUAAAGGUUAAGGAACAUGCCAGAAAAGCAAUACAACACACUUGUACUCAGUCCUCUGCCUAGCUUUGUGUGCAUUUCACAACCUUAAAAAAACACCAUUGGAUUAGAUCACGAAGGCUGUUUCAUUGCUUUGUCACUGCAGUACUGCACAUCAUGUUGGUAACGUUCUCUGCAUUGCGUCUCCUUAUGACUCAUGAGUAUUCAACACAUUUUUGACAUACAGUGCUGUGCAAAAGGCAUCUGAGAGAAUUAUGACUAAAGCCAUAUUUCUGGCCCUUUUUCUCUAAUUGGUCCUUCAGUAAAUCAAAUCAGGUGCUGCUGAUUGACCUGAACAAAUCCCUGUGAUAGCUGGAGUGCAGCGAGAAGUCAGGAACUGAACCAAACUUUAGUAAUAACUGUUCAAAAAUAAAACAUUCUUGUUAUGUUUUACAGUAUUUAUGUUUAUUUGUAUUUAUUCUAGUGUUAUGUAGCAUUUUGCACUGGCAAAAAAUCCAUUCAAAACUGAAAGCGAAUAUACGUAGUUUUAAACAGUUUGCUUGGCUGCCUAAGACUUUUGCACAGUAUUGUAUUUCUUGUAGAAAUAUCAAGGCAGAUUUCCUAAUGAGAAAAGCUAUUUCCAAAGGUGCUUAAGAAAUGUCACAAUUCAUAAUGGUGAGAGUAAAAUAGGCCUGUCACAAUUAUUACCUAAUUGCCUGAUCACAGUUGUUAGCUUUCACAAUCAUAUGUUUAUGUCAACAACAUACUGGGGGAAAUAAUGUUUUCAUCAGUUGGGUUAAGGCAAAUACAUGUAAAUAAAAGAAACAUGUCAUGGGCCCUUGGGAAAACAACAAAAGUUCUAACUUCUGGUUGGUGCUAUAUCACCUUUAGAGGGCGACGGUGAGUAAUGUUUGUUUAUUGAUGUUUGUUAAUAACACCUUUAGAGGGCGACGGUGAGUAAUGUUUGUUUAUUGAUGUUUGUUAAUAACACCUUUUGGGGGGCGACGGUGAAUAAUGUUUGUUUAUUUGAGCUAGGUCUGUUCCUGUCGUAAGUUGGGAUCUAACCCUGUGUUCACACCUGCAGCGACUUUUCGCCUCUUGUCACAAAAAUUGAUGCUUGUUCAUCGCCUGUGGGCGUUUCUGAACUCCAGUGGGCCGUUAGUUGCCAUUGUUUCAUUAACGUCAAGCAAAUCAGAUGCAUUCCCACUAAAAUUAAAAGUCCUGGUGAGAAAUGGCUUGUGUGCUUAAUUUUUAUUCAAUCCCCGUGUCUGUGCAGUCAGUUUUUGCAAAAAACAGUAUUUGGUCUUUGUGAUUAUCGUCUAUUUGCGGUGAACGCAUUUAUUCCACGUCUAGUAGUAAAAAAGUAGCGUACCGUUUCACAGUGGUGGAGAGAAAGCGUGUACUACGCUGCUCAAUGCUCAAUUCCUAUUGGUAAUCACCACAUCGCUUCACUCCUCAUUUGCACAAAAUUGAACUCCGCUCAACUUUGUCGAAUCGCCAACUCCGCCCACUUUUCACGUUGCCAAUAUUAGCGUUGCCUCCCUUCGCCAGAAGCCGCCAUCUCUCAUUGAAAAUGAAUGACAUCUGUGUGAAUGCAGGGUAAGUAUCAUCAACUAGGGAGCAAAAUAACUAAUCAGCCCAGUUUGGUCACUUUAGGCUUGUACUUUAAUAGCUAUAUACAUGAAUGAAAAAAGAAUUCCAUGUUAAUCACAAUUAGUUAAAUGGAAAUUAAACAUCAGUUAAAAUGUAAUGAUUGUGACGGGCCUAGUUACAUAUAGCGUUGUCAUCGUGCACCAUUAAUCGGCUAAACAAGGGCACAGUGUCAUUAAUAUGAAGCACCAUCCUUAUGAAGCACAGUAGUGACUGGGUUCCCAGACACAGAUUAAGCUUAGUCUUGGACUAAACUGCAUUGUCAAUGGUCCGUCACACUGGAAAUUUUCUUAGUCUAUGCUUAGCUUUAAUCGAGGUCUGGAAAACUGGCCCAGCAAGUUUAACACAGGAAGUUUGUUAACACUGGCAGUCUUUCUUUCUCUCUGUUUCCCUUUCUGCCUUCAUUCGUGUCUUACGCCACCUUGCCUUUUGGGUAAAGUCACUCUGACUUGCAUGUGUCACUUGUGCGUUUCAAAGUAUUCCAUUCACAUAUUUACUUCUUCUGUCAUGGACACUGUUGGGACGGUUUGGAGAGCAUGUGUGGAGAGAAGGACUUUCUUACAAACUGUCCAGCUUUUACGAAGCCCAGCCUGGACGAUGAGCACAUUGUAGAGCCACAGCUCACCCGCCUCAGUUUUUGACUCAUUUCUACUUGAGUAUGGCAGAAACCUGCUCAUCUGGUCGGGAUGACAGUGAGUCAAAUAUGUUUGACAACCGAUGAGGUUCGGCUCUGUCAGGAACCACUGUUGUGGCCAACGGGAACGUCUCAAGCAACCAAUUUUCAGUUCUUUCGGCUGAGCGAGUCUGACUUCAGAUAGAACACGAUUUCAUUAUAUGUGCACAUAAAGAUGGAUUUACGUUUCGCUGGAAAGGUGAUAUUGAUCAGUGGAACUAAUCAGUGUUAAUGGGACCAACACUGUUCGAUUGGAGUCUGUUGUUCAGUUAGUAGCUGCCAUUCUUUAGCUUUUACUACAUAUUUAUCCAACUCACCGCUAGAAACAUGAAGAACACUCCUAAAACUGCUUCGGUAAUGAGCCACAUAUCCACUACUGAAUCACAUAGUAAGAGUUUAUUUAUUAUUUAUCACUAAAAUGAAAGGACAGAAAGGGAGCUGUGUUUUGGGGUUGCCAUGGAGAAUACUUUGGUAUGUUGGCUUUACUGUACUUUGUGCAACAAGUGUCUUUUUAUGAAACCUGUAAAUAAAUGAAUUUGGAAUUA